UAGUGUCCAGUGCAGAUGGGCGUAAUGGGGAGCCACCUGAUAAAAGCCAGCAUUGUAUAGCGUUGGCAUAAGAUAUUCGGUGACAAGAAGAGCAAGAUCGAUAAUUCAGGUCAAUAAAGUACUCGUUUUAACUGAACAAACCACGUUCUCCAACCAUGGAUUCCGAUUCAACACGCUCAACAGCCGAGUUACAGAAAUUCCUGGACAACCAGAUGUACACCACACGAGUGAUCAGGCAAUUUGAACUCAUCUUCGGCGAGACGUUCGCCAGUAAUGGAGGCUCGGAGGCCAGCUCGGUGCUUGCAUCGUACCUAAACCUGGCUCCAGGUAAGAAGUGUCUGGACGUCGGGUGUGGCCUUGGAGGACAUGCGUUCUACUUAGCCAAGCAUCAUGGCGUUGAAGUGCACGGUUUGGAUCUUUGCAACAAUAUGGUCAAUCUCGCGAGAAAAUACGCAAAUGAGCGGUACAAGGACGCGAGAUUGUCAUUCGCAGUUGAAGAUGUGACAACAUUCGAGUUUCCUGAUGAGAGUUUCGACGUUAUCUACAGUCAGGGUGUGAUGCCACAUAUACAGGACAAGUUGAGUUUAUUCAAGAAAUUUCGGACUUGGCUGAAACCCGGGGGUCGACUCUUCAUCACUGGUUUCACAUGCAGCUCGGGGAACCACUCCAAGGCCUUCAAGGACUAUAUCGCCCAGCGCCGAUAUCACAUCUUAACAGUGGAACAAUACGCAAAGGUGUUGGAAAGUGCUGGUUUCAAGACUGUCGUCGCCAAAGACUACUCCGACGUCUUCGCUCGGAACACACGGAGGGAGUUGGCGCGUCUGGAGAGCAUCAAGGAGGAUUUUAUAAAGGAAUUCGGCCGGGAGGAAUACGACCUCAUAUUGCAAAGAUGGCUGGAAAAGAUACAGAGGAACCAAGAGGGGGAGCAGGGGUACGGAUUGUUCGUUUACGAGAAGUAACAGAUCACGAGAUGUCAGAGAGGAUGUCAGGUGUCAGUCGGAUGCAGGUGUAACUGAUAAUUUGGCUGCGAUUGAUAACUUAACUAAGUCAUUGAUAAUGUGUGUCUUAUUCCUAUCUAUCUGUCAAACUUACCCAUUUAAUUAUUUCCAUCUGAACUAUUUUCUUGUCAAAACUGGAAUAAAGCAGCCUUGCAAGUAACAGCAUA